UGACGUCAGGAGGGGAGCGGAGUGAGGGGAGUUGAAAUAGGGCAGAGCAGGAGCGCAGCGCGGAGAGAGGAACCAGCCGGAGGAUGGCAAGCCGCUGCUGAGAGUUGGGACGCGCCACAUACCAGUCGCUACUACUAACUGCAGCUGCUCGCUCCUGAUCCAACCAGCCCGUGAUCAACCUGAACCCUUUUUUCUAAGAUAAUCCCGCCGAGCCGCACCAGAGCAGUGGAACUAAAGGAGCGCAGUUUGGACGCGUCGCUGCGAGGACAUCUCUGGCAUUUCUGCACGAAUUCCCCCUUUUUUUUCCUCUCUGUCCUUCUGCCUCAGAAUAACACAGGUAGACACUCAUGGGAAGCCUGGGGGUCUGGGCGGUAGCUGUGGCCGCUCUGCUGGGAACGUCAGGGUGCUGGCCUGCUGAAGGGCACAAGGGCAGCAGACGAGACGCAGUGGAUAGAGCCAGCAUGUCACGUAUCUUCUCCACCUCCUCCCAGGGACCACACUCCAUGGAGAAGGGGAAAGCAGACGGGAACAUCGAUCAAUCCCUGUCCGACCCAAACGAGGACCCCUGUCAGAGGACCUACUGUGGACGAGGGCGACAGUGCGUGCUGAUGGCGGAGACCGGCCGCGCCGAGUGCGUUUGCCAGGAGAAAUGCCGACCCUCCUUUGUGCCGGUGUGUGGCUCCGACGGCAGGUUCUUCGAGAACCACUGCGAGGUUUACCGCACCGCCUGCCUAGAGAGGAGACGCAUCUAUGUGGUGCACAGCAAGGACUGCUUCUUCAAAGGUACAACUUCUUUACCACUACACUGA